AUGCUUCAGUCGAGACCCGUAACUAAUUUAGACAACUCUUACACCGAUUACGAGAUUAUGCAUGAAUUGGAUUCAUCUCAUCCGACAGAGUUUGAGAUCUACUCCCGGGCCCAUUGGGGCGAAAACUUUCCCGGAGCCACCUCUUGGACAGCCCUUCAGAUCCAUUGGGGCAAUAAAAGUAGUUUUGUCCGUCGAAGCUUAGCCAUGAGACUUAGCACUGUUGAAGAUUACAACCCAUUUGUGGAGAACAUGGGAUGUGAAUAUAACCAGGUUAUGUUUAAUAUAUCCAAUGGUGCUAUGACCGGAUUCUUUGAGGGCUACCCUAAGUCUAAACCCGCAGUUUCUAUGGUGUUAGCCUGCGCUGAAGUGCCCAAUAAUUUGCGGGAAAUCGCAAAGUCUAUCAAAAAUAAGGAAUCCUUUAGACAAUUGUCUGAUGAGGAGGCGCUUCAAGUGUUAAUUAAAGGAACCGAUGAAUCCUCCGCUAAAUUCAAGCAAUUUCUUGAACGNAAUUGUCUGAUGAGGAGGCGCUUCAAAGGGUAUCGGGAGGCGGAUGCCAUGUAUAAGCCAUGGAAGGGAAACCCUAUGCCUUGUAUUAAAACAAUUAAAACAAUGUUAUCUGGAAGUGGAGAACAAUUAGAGCCAAAAGUUGAGAAAUCUGUGGACCAAGUGUUGGAUGAACUGAAGACUCCAUUGACUCCAAUCCGGAAAUUCCUCAUCAAAAACAUAUUCCUUCCGUACACUAGACGUGGUGUCGGAUACAGAGAACUCUCCAAAUAUUUCAUGAUUUGGAUGAAUAACCACUUGAAGGAUGGCUUUUGGUAUUUGGCUCAACAGAUGGCUAACGAAGGACUCAUUCCUUCUGUCGAUUCAUUCUUCUACUUAACCGCCGAUGAAGUGGAAGCGCUCUAA